AUGGAUCCACCUCGACCCAGGCGUCGGCCGGCUGUCACACUGCGGCGCAUUCCUGUUCUUCCCGUCUUCGCCGCCGUGUCCUUCACGGCGGUGCUCAUCCUCCUCUAUAUCAUCGCCCGGCUCUCGGUGGAGGUAGUCCACGGCAAGAAAGACCCCUAUCGCUUCGAGUUCGGAGACAUGGGCGUGGCGCCGUUACUGGGCGAGGACCGGUUGUUCGACGUUGGUGUGAGCAUCUUUGCCUACAAGCCCAUCAACGUGACUGCGCGGCCCGAGUGUUCAGAGAGAGCAGAGGGCGAGUGGCUGUCGAAGUCCUACCGGCGAACGGGAAGACUCGCGAACAUGACCAAGGAGGAGCGUGAACUAGCGCAGCUCGCUAAAGACGCGAUAGCGAUUGACUGGUCUCAGCAUCCUACAGCAUGUACACUGCGUUACGUUCCCGAGACGGAGGAGCUUUGGAGUGGCGUCAUUGCUCGCAACAUUACCCUCGGGAAGAAACGGGUUCAAGCCUCUGUCGACUUCGAUAUCCCGAUCAACUUUUUGACCACCCGUACCGCGGAAGAACGAAAACAGGACCCUUUGUUUGGGUUCAUCACAAUGGGAAUCACAACCGGAAACCCGGACGUUUACGCUGUGGUCUCGCUGAUCCCACAUAUCGAGGACCUGCAUACCGUUUUCUGGUACAAGAAUGGCCUUGAAGACCUACCACUCAUUGGCAAAAGGCUGCAGAAGCACGCUGAGGGCGUUGUGGCUAUUCCGCCCACAGAAGACGAAGGCAAUCCCGAAGUCACCCGGAGGGUCAGCCAUGACGAUGUGCUCAAGGCUUAUUUGCACACGAUGUCUGUCCGAGUGCCUCUAAUCUCAUCCAGCCACGACCUAGGUGACGAGCUAUUCCUGGCGACAAAAGUCCCGAUCGUCCUUCUGAAACGGACAGAAUCAAUCACCAUUUCCACUAUAAAGGACCGAACCGAGCGAAUGAUAGCCAAAGGGUGCAGUAUGUCUCCAUGGGGCAAUAGGCACCGUUUCCUUUGCCCCCUGUGGGUCUACCCCGAAGUCGGACACUGGCACUCGGCAUAUCAAAUCGGAAAGGCCGGGGAACCACCAGGAGACAACUCCAGUGACCGUGCACGAGGGAUCUACAACUCGCAAGAGUGGAAGAAGCGCCGAUAUCCUCCCUAUCUUACUGCUGCAAGGGCUGGUCCGCUGGACUAUCGUCAGUUUACAGUCGGUAACGAGACGCACCUACGACACUCGUUCGAGGUAAAGCUCAGCGUCAUAGACCAGUUCCGUCUCCAGGUGCUCGAGAACAACAAGCGCCGGCACUCUCCGGGUCGGGAGACUGCAUACCUCCAAGAGUCGCACGACGAGACUCAGAAAUAUCAUGCCCUUGUUGGCCUCGCACCCUUCUGGCGGACAGCGUUGGGCUACCUGUUCCCGCUUGUUGCAAAGUACUCUCGCUUGGCUGCCAGUGCAUUCACGGUGUUGUACUGGGCCACUCGCAGGAUUACUGCCGGCAUCAGUAUUCGUGGUACGAGUCUGAUCAUCGCUGGAGAGAUGCUCCGCAACGCUACCGGGAGUUGGGACUACUACUACCUGGACAUGGACUUCAAGCGUAAGCAGUUUUGGGCGGGUAUAUGGUUUGUUCUGCUAUUCCCGGAGGUGCUCCAGCUACGCCUCAUACUGCCUUUCACACUCAAGAAAAUGGGCAAUCGGAGUCCGUCCUGGCACCCCUCUUCUUGGCGCCUUCAGAAGAUACCAGCAUCAGCGCGCGAGCGACGCAGUGGCCGCCUCGAUCUCAAGCCAGUAAAGUUGAUCGGAUUGGCUGCGGCCCUAGUGAUCACGGCGUACGCGGUCUACAACCACCCCAUUCGCCUGAUCGAGGCAUCUCACAACGAGGACGACUUUCGCGAUACGUACCGCGCCCAGUAUCCUGGUAGCAGGGUGCUUGACCGGUACUCCCAAAUUAACAUCGCGAGGUGGAGAAACAGCAAUGAUCUCGCAUAUUACCACAGAUACAUUUUCCGCAGCCCUAAAGACGGCCCGGUUUGGCGAAAGUUCAUGCUGCUGCCUAUGGCUCAGGCAAUGCUAUCUACUGGCCAGAUUGCACAACUCGUCAUGAACUAUCGCUCGAAAACCUUCGCCGGCAACUACGCCCUGACCUGCUUUUUCAAGGUAUUCGCGCUCGUCUCCAUCGCUACGCCUUUCAUCGCAAGAACAGCGUAUAGCGACGGAUUGUACCUUGCAGCUACUGCUCAGGCCAUGCUCCUACUGACCGAGGCGGCCCAGGCCCUCGUGUAUCCACGUGUUGAACAGGAGAUUGAAGGUGAGGAAAUGGAGAUGUAG